AUGGCAUCAAAAAGAUUUUACAGCUCUGAAAUGGAGACACUCUAUAACCAUUUGGCUAGAGGACAAGAGGAUUUCAUUUCGACAUCUAAUGACAGGGAUCUUCCUGUACUGAAUAAGCUUAAAGAAAAUAUCUCUCGAAUAAGAUCUAGUUACUGGAGGAUUGACGAGUCCUCAAAUAAUGACGAACUUGGUCUUUCAAAAUUGAGUUCCUUAUCUGUUGAUGAAGACCUAGUUGCCAUAGGCUCUACUUCUGACUGCGAGAAUCUUAGAAUCUAUAAUUUGGAUACCGAGAAAAUCCUAAUGACCCACCUUAGUACUAUCAGUCUACCUGACAUUCAUUCCAUCCAAUGGCUUUACGAUCCAACUAAGAGAGACGAUACCCCAAAAACUUUGCCUGAAGAUGAUUCCAUUAGAUUUCUUUUGACUGGACACACGGAUGGUGUGGUCAAUCUAACUAUGAUUCCAAUAGGAGAUAAUGCAGGAAUCCCUAACGCACAGAUUAUCAAGAGGUUCAAUCACGAGAAGCAUGUUUCCGAGAAUGAUAGCUGUCUAAGGAUAGCAAAUAAUGGUAAGCCAACAAACAUUGUUUAUCAGCUGGAGGUUACUCCAAAGCAUUGGAAAACUUGCAAUAAGAACUCGCUUAUAAGUCUUUACAAAGAGAAUAUGUUUUUAUGGGAUACGACCAGAUCUAGGUUCCCUAUUCUUAAGAAUAAGACGAAGGGAGUUUCUGCAUUUGACGCAAACGAGAAAACUGAUGGACUUAUGGCUCUCGCAGGUUCAUUUGGAGUUUCUUUACUUGAUAUGAGGACUUGCGAUAACUCUGGUUUCUCGUCUUCAUUCUUUAUUCCUGACAAAAUGAAUAAAGAAUGCCUUACGGCCAAUUGGUGUAAGGAAAAUUCUAAUUAUCUAUGUUCGGCAAAUUUGGAUGACCAACUGACAAUAUGGGAUAUUAGAAACCUAAAGCCACUGGCUGUAUUAGAAUCUCAUUCUGACAACAUUACAUCCAUUCAGUGGAAUAAGUUUGCUAGUAUAUAUAGUGCAUCGAAUGAUGGCACUCUUAUUUACUGGGAUCUGUCUAUAUUAAACUUUUCUCAGGAUGUUCAUAUACCUGAUGGCAGUCAGACCGUUAGAUGUACCACUAAGAAUAGUCUCAAUCUUGAUGUUACAAGCAAUGAAAUAGGGACCUGUAUUCCCGUUUCCAACAAUUCCAUUGUGGCGAUGAAAUCAGUUGGUGACAACAUGACUCUUACUAUGGACGAGUCAUUCCUUGGUCUGCAUACAAGAAUCGAGAAUGUCGGAGAUAGAAGAAGCUCUAGCAGUAUGGCUACAUUAGUUGGUGAAGAAAUACCCGAUUACAAAUUAGCAAAAGCUCCCCGCUUGCCCCGCUUACAAAAACCAAAGAUUCAUCAUCGUAGAAGAUCCUCAAGACACGAUUUGAGUCCCAGUACAUUGGUUAACAAAGAUGACGUUGGAGAUAAAUAUUUCUAUUUGUAA